AUCAACCUCCCUUGAAUAUUUUAACCAUUGCCAUGUUGAGCUCUUUGGCAUUUUUAGCUUAAUCAGCUACAGUUUUGAUUUAUUUCCAGGUAUAAAAAAUGUCCGAACUUCAAGCUAGUGUAUCGUGUUCUCCGCAGUGUGCGGAAACAGACAAAAUCAAAAAUACAGACGAUAUCAAUCCAGAAACAGUACAAAACACUAACACCAAUAUUUCUCAGGUUGAAGAAGGGUCUCAGAGCGACAGUGAUCUUCUCAAAGGCCUGUUGACAGAUAACUUCUGUCACAUCUGUGAAGCAACCCUGCUUUAUGAGUCCCAGAGAGUUUCUCAUUAUGAGGGGAAAAAACAUGCACAAAGAGUCAGAAUGUACCUGCAGAACAAGAAAGCUAAAAUAAAUAAGCCAAGUCCAGAUUGUGGAGGCGUUUUGAGAGAUCUGUGUGCACAGAAGUUCUGCGAGCUGUGCAACAUGGUAUUCAGCUCUCCAACUGUGGCAAAGUCACACUAUGAGGGCAAAGUUCAUGCCAAGAACAUGAGAAAAACAAUUCCUCCUCCACCUGAAGAAUCCACAACUCCUGGUGUCCUCCCAUCAGAGGGUGCUGUGCAGAAUCAGAUCAGUCUGGAGCAGUACACUUCUGGCUCGGGCGAUCAAGAGGUUGAUCAUAGUGACCCCAACAAGUAUUGUACGCUGUGCAGCGCUUCCUUUAACAACCCUAUGGUCGCACAGCAGCACUACAUCGGCCGGAAGCAUCAGCGGAACCAGACCCGGCAAGAGAUGCUGGACCAGAUGGGGGAACAGUCAGAACAUGCGAGCUCCCUGACUUGCCCGAUUUGCUGUCUGACGCUCAGCUCAAUAGAGAUGUACCAAGCACACAUGCAGGGAAACAAACACAUUGUCAAGGAGAAGAAAGUCAUGGAACUGUGCAAAUCUCAGAAGAAAGUGUACGACUCCUUCCAGGAUGAGCUGGCUGACUACAUUCAGGUGCAGAAGGCCCGGGGACUAGAUCCCAAAGCAGGACCGGGCACCAUGGGACAAGCAAACAAGGAUCUGGAUGAGAGUGUGAAAGAAGGUCCACAGAACGCAGAAGAGAUGCCUCAUCCUGGCAAGCUGGUACCAUGUUUCCCACCCCCUGGUUUCCCUCAACCUCACUGGCACCCACACUUCCAGUCUCAGGUCAAUCAAUUUGGCUUUGGCGUGAGAGGCGCUGUCCCACACUAUCGGCCGGGGUAUAUGCCCCAUAUCCGUCCUCCUUUCACACCUGGUCACCUGUGUAAAAGAGGAAAGAGCCCUGAAUCAUUUAGCCCCUCCUCUUUUUCAGACUCCUCCUCCUACACUAGCAGCAGUAGUGACAGCAGCAGCAGUUACGACAGCAAAGAGAGGAAGAGAAAGAAGAGGAAGAUGAAAAUGCAAAGGAAGAGCAGAAGAGACCAGGAGGAAGAGUCGGAUACAGAACCAAGUGAAAGGAAAAAGAGGCAGAAAGGAGACAGGAGAGGAAGUGCAGAAAGAGAAGAUGAAAGAAAGAAAUGGAAGGAGAGAAGAAAAAGAGAGAGGAGCUCAAGUGAAGACGAGGAAAGCAGAAGUAAAAGAAGGGCAAGCAAGAAAAGUAGGAGGCACGGGGAUGGACAGCAUGCAAAGAGACGAAAAGUAGAGGAACUGUUGGUCAAACAAGAGAUUGAAGUGCACGAGGAACCACAGGGAAAGAUGGAGGAGCACCUAGAGGUCAGGACAGAAACAAAAGAUGGCAAACACAAACACAAAAAAGAAAGGAAAAAAGGAAAAGAGAAGACGACUCAAGAAGACAACAGGACAGAGGAGGAAAGGCUCUGGGAUGAGACGAUUCUUGGUGUUUCUUAGACUUUGUGUGUUUUUUUUUUUUUCUCUAAUGAUGGUAUUGUUCUUAUUAAACAGCAUGGGACCUCAGAAAAGCGUUUUUCUGAAAUCCUCUAGGCUCCUCUCACUAUUUAUGCAUUCUGAAGAACUAUGAAGGCCUAAAUUCCUUAUUAAAGAUUCAGAAGUGAAA